GCUUUUGCCAUUUGUUUAGGUACUCUAAUUUUCCCGAGCACAAACGUGGUCAACAGCUUUCAUCAACACAAAGCGCGUCUUAUUAAUUGCAUCGCUAAAUAUUUCUUUUUAAAAUACUAAUGUAUAUCGUGUUUAUUGGCUAGCUCGGCUUAAGGCGCUUGGUCGCGUGUUGCUGACGCAAGGCCUUUGACAUUGGCAUGGGACGUGAUAGAAGGUGUCAGUUGUAGUUAUGGCUCUCCCCCAGUUAUCAAGAUCCCUGACCGGGCUCCUUGUUGAGACAUCGUCCGUAAUUCAUCAGAGGACUUUUAGUGUAUCUGCUGUUGCAGCAGCCAUUCAGAAAUUAACACGAGUGCGUGUAGUAGACAACAGCAGUCUUGGAAAUACACCUUAUCACCGUGCGCCAAGAGUGAUCCAUGUCUACACCAAGAAUGGCGUUGGAAAAGUUGGUGACAGAGUGUUGCUUGCCAUCAAAGGACAGAAAAAGAAAGCGUUAAUAGUUGGACACAAAAUGCCCGGAGAACGCAUGAAUCCACGCUUUGACUCAAACAAUGUUGUUCUGGUUGAGGAAAAUGGGAACCCUACAGGAACAAGGAUUAAGGUCCCUAUACCCACGCAUCUCCGCAAAAUGGAGGGAGACUACUCAAAAGUCUUAGCAAUUGCUAGCUCCUUUGUUUAAUGACACCACGGUUCAGCUGUGAUUUGAGAUAUAUAUAUAUACUGUAUAUUUCACAUUUGCUGUAUGUGAACAUUUAUACGUAUAUGUUCUUGUCUUCAGUAAACUUUAAAAGGGGCAUACACAAUGUCACCAUUAUUGUUUCCAUACAGUAUUCUGUUAUGUAUUGUAUGUAAUAGUAGAAGUCCUCAACAUGUUUGACAUUUUACUGAGGCCUCUUUAUGCUUACAAUAAACACAACCUUUACUUUGAAUG